ACCAGCGCAGAUCAGCAGCUUUUCCACGCAACCCCGCCACGCUGAUGUCCAGCGCUCAGCUGCGCAAAGAUCCCAGACAGCUAAUCCUUUCUGUGGACAGACACUCUGAGACUGAGGUGACGAUGGGUGGAGAGUUCUUAAUAUCCUGACUGUUAGAGAUUAGCAAGUCGCUUUCAAUGACUCGACUUUACGUCAUAAUUUCAGGCUUUUAGACAACCAGUGAAUGGAAAGAUGCGGAUAACUCACAGGGCCCAACAUUUAAGUUGUGUUUUCUCUGUUUGGAACCAGCGGGGUUUGCAUUACGUGGCGCUGCUGUGUUUGUUGUCUUCGCCAGUCAGGACUGAUGACGCCUGCCCGUCCUCUUGCAGCUGUGCCAUGGACUCGGGAACUGUGACCUGCUUACCUGAUGGGUGGCAAACUGAUCUCCCUGCAGACAUCCCGAGGUGGACGUCCACUCUGAUAAUUAAAGGUAGAAACAUCCCAACUUUACCUCAAGGCGCUUUCACCGUCAACGGCACCGAGUUGGAAAUGGUGACACUCUCGCUUUCCCAUAACGGGAUCCAGACUAUUGAGCCGUACGCUUUCCUGGGUCUCACCCGCUUACAUCUGCUAGAUCUGAGCCAUAAUCAGCUGGAGACCAUCUCAUCCAGGGCUUUCCAUGGAAUACCGGAAUUGCGCUCUCUUUUUCUCAAUUGCUCUGUUUCUCUCGAUGCCACGGCGCAGCUUUCCGGUGCGCUCAGCGCGCAAAGUUUGCGUAACCUCUAUAGAUUGGAGCUGGCGGGGAAUAUGCUAAAGUCUAUACCCAUGGAAAAGUUAGAUAUAUAUAACCUGCAUGCGUUAGUGCUCAUAAAUAACUCAAUGGAGAACAUCGGGAUUGAAAACAUAUCCAGUCUUUACCAGCAAAGGCGCAUCCGCGUCUACUUGGCUUUAAAUCCGUUUCGGUGCAACUGUGAACUGGGGGCGUUUUACUACUGGUUGAAAAACUCAUCUCAGUGUCAGGACGCUGAACGGGUCAUUUGCAGUGAGCCGGAAGCGAGAAGGGGGAUCCCCGUGGAAAAGCUCCGUGGAGAGGAGGUGGAUUGUCCGAACGAGAACCUGGAGGCGGUGUCGUAUGUCUUCCUCGGUAUUGUCUUGGCUCUGAUAGGGGUGGUGUUUCUCAUGGUGUUGUAUCUCAACCGGCGAGGCAUCAAACGGUGGCUCAACAACAUCCGAGAGGCGUGCAGGGACCAGAUGGAGGUCUACCAUUACCGCUACGAGCAGGACUCGGACCCGAGGCUGGCCAACGUGGCAGUUUAACUCCCUGGAAAAAUCCUCCCAGUGCUGUGGUGGGAGAGGACAGAUAAGACAAUGUAUGAUGAAUCAAGAUGUUCAUAAAAAGGAGAGAAAACUGGCCUAUAACAUGCAAAUCUCAAUUCGUGAUAUAGAGCAGGAGACAAGUGAGUCUUAGUAAAUUAGAAUAACAUUGAACGCUUUUUCAUUUGAAGAUUACACACAAUUAUAUGUUUCAAGAUUAUUCCUGUUCGUUUUUAUGGUACUGGCUUUCAGGUAAUAAAAAUCCAAAAUUCA